UCAGAGUUGUUCAGUAUUACUGCUCUGUUACUUUCAUGUAAGAAAAAACGAAAGAAAGAAAUCAAAAGGAGAAGUGUUUCAGAAGGAUAACCAAUGUGAAGUGUUUUUGUAAACCACAGGCUUUAGUUGAAUUUUCUGUUCUGAUAAAUGACAUGAUGCAGCAGCCUUUCUUCUCAGUCAUGGAGGGCAGAGAAAAGAGAGUGCUUCAUUUCUUGAUCCUCGCUGCUUAUCUCGUGGCCUCACCUUCACCUUCUGCAGGUCAGAUCAGAUUAGCUGGAUCUGGGUCCACUCGGUGCUCUGGAAGAGUUGAAAUCUAUAACUCUUUACGUCACUCCUGGGGAACAGUCUGUGAUGAUGGCUGGUGGGACUUAAAAGAUGCUGAGGUGGUCUGUAGAGAGUUGGGCUGUGGGAUAGCGCUGCAGACCCAGUGGUCUAAUCAUUUUGAUCAAGGUAGAGUAAAUGCCUUCCGCAGUAAUGUGGGCUGUUCAGGAAGUGAAACUUCUCUAGAUAAUUGUUUUUACGCCACCCCACUUAGUUACAAUUACUGUAACCAUGGUCAGGAUGCUGGCGUCGUCUGUUCAGAAACCCUCCCAGAGCCCACCAUCUCCUUGUACAGUAAUGAGGUCACCUGGGGUCAGGGCAUCAGCAUCACUUACUCAGUCUCAGAUAAGUUCUCAGGUGGAACUUUUAUCCUCCAGAAGACUUCAGGCUCAUUCAGUCAGAGUCAAACAUCCUCUACGAGCUCUGUUACAUUCAAUCUUCAUAAUGUGAACUUCGAUCAUGAUGGACUGUACCAGUGUCAGUACAUGAAAACAAGUCAAAGGUUCAACUCUUCCUCUGUUAGACUCUCUGUUACUGUGAGUUUUCCAAAACCCAGUAUCUCCAUUUGCCCUGUUGGUGAGGUGACCUGGGGUCAGACUGUUGAAAUCACAUGUUCAGUCUCAACUCAGGUUUUAGGUGGAUCGUUCACUCUGAGUCAAAUUCAGGGUUCAUUCAUGAGGAGCCAAACCUCCAACACAAACUCUGCUACCUUCAAUAUUCCUAACGUGGACUUUGAUAACGAGGGAUUGUACCAGUGUCAGUAUAAGAAAAGAGGCUCACGUCGUGAAUUUAGCUCCCCAUUAAGUGACUCGGUCAGACUCUCUGUUACUGUGAGACUGCAGACACCCAGCAUCUCCCUGACCUCUCCUAGUGCAGGUCUGGUCUGGGGUCCUGAAGGUGCAGAGAUCACCAGGGGUUACAGUUUUGUCCUCACCUGCUCCGUUAACUCCAGAUUUUCCAGUGGACGUUUCUUUCUCAUCUUCUCUGACUCCAACAUCACAGACAGCAAGCCAGCAGUCAACAACUCAGCCUCCUUUAGUUUCCCUGUAGCUGAGUAUGAACACCAAGGCAACUACAGCUGUGUGUAUGAAGUCACAGUGUCCACACGGACAUUCAAUUCUACUGCAACAGCACCCAUUACUGUCAUCAUUAAAUUUCCUUGGAUGCUGCUGGUCUCGUCUGUAGUUCCUGUGGUCCUGCUGCUCCUGCUGGUCUCGUUGGUGGUGUUACUGGUGCCCAGGAGAAGGAGACAAACACAGCAGGCCCACAUCCACACCACAGUGACUCUAAAAUCCUGCAAUGAAGAAGAUGACAUCAGUGACGAGGAGAGGAUCUAUUUGAAUGUUGAGACACUGAACACCUACAGGAAUUUUACCAAACAACUGGAAGGAGCGGAGAGAGAGGAAACAGAGGAGAAGAGAUAAAAUCCCAUCAAUAGAAGUGAUUUUAGUCUAAAUUGAGCUGUACAUAUAUAGUACGUACAUUUUUUUAAAGUAUAGAGUAAAAGAAUACAUAAAGCAAAGUUGUUUUUAUUGUGAAGCCUGAAAAAGAUUUGUCUUUUAGAUGAUUAGUAAAAUGAUAUAAUGCAAGUAAUUUGCAAUAAAAACAAAAAACAACUUGUUCUUGGAGUAUUUGGAAAUUAAUUACACAAUAUAACUGCUACUAUCUCCAAAACAGUGACCUACAGCACACACCUGUAUUUAUUAUUCAGGCCACUCACCUGUCUGACUGUUACAUACAUACAGUCUUGGUCUUCGACAUCAUCAUGUAGAAUAUAUCUUUAGCCUAAAACAGAUACACACAAGCCUGGAUGCAUUAUGGCACCUUUUAACCAAUAGCUUCCCCUUUCCUGGCGUCAAACCACCUCUUUUCUGUGAACCAUUUCUGAAAAACUCAAAUGACUGCUUUUUGCUUUUUUGUAGUUUUCCCAAAAUAUGAAUAGAUAAAUAAGUUAAC